CUCACCAACAUUAACUGUCCCUCUCAGGUCAUGUCAGCGGGGAGGAGUGCUGACGGGAGGGAGGUGCAGAUUCCCCUCCAGCAGGCGGCGCCCUCCCUGGCCACGCCCCUCGCAGUGGUCCCACCCAUCACACCGCCCUCACACCGCCCACCCAAUCCCUGGCCUCCUAGCGACCCCUCCGCUUCACAAGGUGUCCCUGCAGGGUUCCUGCCUCUCCACGGGGGAUUCAGAGAUCUCUUUGUAGAAACUCCAGAAGCCAAAUACUGCUGCGAGGCCUGCAGGCUGGUCCUGUGUCAGCCCCGCCAAACCGAGUGUGGACACCGCUUCUGUCAGACCUGCAUCCACGACAUCCUCAGUCAUCCAAACCCGGUAUGUCCAGCUGACAGGGAGCCUCUAUUCAAAGACAAGAUCUUCAGAGACGUUUGCUGCCAUCGGGAGAUCAUGGCGCUGAAGGUCUACUGUCGCAGUGAAGCUAACGGCUGUCAGGAGCAGAUGAGUCUGCAGCAGAUACCUGACCACCUAAAUGUGUGUCCGUUCUUCGAGGUUCCCUGUCCGUUGGGUAAAUGUAAAGAGCGAAUGAUGAGGAAAGAGAUUCCCGACCACCUCAGCUGGAAAUGUAAACACAGAGAAACCAGCUGCGAGUUCUGCAUGACCAAGAUGCCCAUGACCGACCUGCAGAAACACAAAGAGACGGUUUGUCCAGCAUUCCCAGUGUCGUGUCCAAACCAUUGCUCCUUCUCCUCCCUGCCCCGCAGUGAGCUGUCCAGUCAUCAACACGACUGCCCCAAAGCUCAGGUGAGCUGUCAGUUCCACCGCUAUGGCUGCACCUUCAAGGGUUUGAAUCAGGACAUGAGGCAACAUGAGUCCACCUUCGCUGCUGAACACCUGAGAAUGAUGGCUAACAGAAGUUCCACGUUAGAGAACAAGGUGGAGGAUGUUAAAGGUGAGCUGUUAGAGAGGUAUAAGGUGCUACCUGCUCUUAGCAGUCGUCUGUCUGAACUGGAGAAUCAAAACGAUGAGCUGAGAGAGAAGAACCGACAGAUGGAGCAGAAACUGGCCACCAUGCAGAAACUAAUGAGCACUCACUCAGAGAAGCUCCUGGAAGUGGAGCUGGAGCUUCGUUCUCUCCGUGUACUCAGAGACGAGGUGGAGAAUCUCAGAGGAACGAUGGAGAACGUCAGAACGAGACUCAAUGCUCUGGAACAAGGGGGACGCAGCGGGACCGGAUCCACAACACACACUCUGGCAUCCCUGGAGACUCAGCUAAAUCGACACGACGACAUGCUGAGUGUCCACGACAUCCGAUUAGCCGACAUGGAUCUGCGAUUCCAGGUGCUGGAGACAGCAAGUUAUAAUGGAACUCUGAUCUGGAAGAUUCGUGACUACAAGAGACGGAAACAAGAAGCAGUAGCAGCGAAGACACUGUCGCUGUAUUCACAACCAUUCUACACCGGGUACUUCGGGUACAAGAUGUGUGCCCGUGUCUACCUGAACGGAGAUGGCAUGGGCAAAGGGACACACCUGUCGCUGUUUUUUGUGGUGAUGAGGGGCGAGUAUGACGCCUUGCUGCCCUGGCCCUUCAAACAGAAGGUGACUCUGAUGCUGAUGGACCAGGGUCCAUCGAGGAAACACUUGGGUGAUGCGUUUAAGCCUGAUCCAAACAGCAGCAGCUUCAGACGUCCUGCAGCAGAGAUGAACAUUGCCUCCGGCUGUCCUCUUUUUGUGUCUCAAAGCGUCCUGGAGACCGGCAGCUACAUCAAAGACGACACCAUCUUCAUCAAGGUUACCGUGGAUACCUCUGACCUUCCUGACCCGUGACGUUGCAACCCCCCUGACCUCUGACCUCGCUGGUCUGAGAUCAGCUCACCUGUCCACACCACGGAAGAGCAAAGGAUGAUGGGAAGGAUCAGUGACAAUGGAGGAGGCUCGUCUAUCUGAGAGUGCAGACAGUAGAAGAAGAGUCAGACAGGAAGCAGCCAAUCAGAGUGAACUUUACAGAAACCGGAGGGCGGGUCCUCCUCUGAUUGGCUGAUGGACUCCAGAACUGUGUGUGUGUGUGAAUGGAUCAGUGUUACCAUGCCAUCUCCAUGGUGAUAUCACUCAGAGCCAACAUGGCUGCCGCAACCAGAACAUUGUUGUUGCUCAUUACUGAUGCCGUGCAUCGAGCUUUACUUCCUGUUUAUUACCUGUUUACCAAGGCAUGCUGGGAAAUCCACUACGGCCACAGAGGAUCCCACAAAAACCAGUGAAGACCCGUACAGACCAGCAGGAUCCAGUACAGACACUUUUUCUAGUGAAAAGCAGGAGAGACCCAGUGCAGACCAGCAGAGACCUGUAGGACCCGGUCCAAACCAAAGUAUCUAAUCUAACCAACAUUAAUGGUCUAAUGAGGCUUUAACUCCUAACUAACAAAUGUUUUCAGUUUAUAUGAUUGAUGCCAAACACAGCAGUGAGACCGGUUUCAGUGAGACCGGUUUCAGUGAGACUGGUUUCAGUGAGACCAGUUUCAAUGAGACCGGUUUCAGUGAGACCAGUUUCAGUGAGACCGGUUAACCUCUCAGUGGACUAUAGUUGUAUUGUUUUAAAUCAACCUGACUGAUUAUCUGAAGACUGACGUUACGGGUCCAAAUAACCUGAUCUGAUGUUAAACUGACCUGAAAAAAACUUGAAGAAUUAAUUUAAAUAAGAGAUCCAGAAGUGACUGUAGAAUGAUUGAUAGUUCGUAUCUGACUACAGACCAGUACAGACCAGUACAG